AUGGCUGAUAUUCAAGAUUCAAGCUCUACUUUCACUGAUAAUGAAUUUCAAAAGCUUUGGGAAGAAUUGGACAUUCAGCCGGUAAGAAUUUUCUUUACAAAACAAAAAAUCGCAAGAACUUUCUUUACAAAACAAAAAUGGCAAGUACUUUCUUUACAGCGACUAAAUGAGGUGUAUCAUGCUGCCUUUUCCUCUGAAUUCUCUCAUCGUACGGUGAAACAGACAUAUCUAAACUUGAUAAACGCUCAUCGAGAGAAAAUGCAACGUUUCUUCUUGGAUGAUAACAAUGAAUCAGCUAGGUUUGAGGAAGCGGUUCUCGAACUACAAAGAGUUUUGGCUGCGGUUAAUAGAAUGAGAACUCACGAUGAAGCGGUGGAAGCUCAGGAAACGUUUUACAACGUCUUUCAUCAAGUUUGUGGCGAGGAGAAUAUAGUAAGUCCGUACCCCCUACCCCUACCCAUACCCUAACCCCCUACCCCUACCCCUACCCCUACCCCUACCCCUACCCCUACCCCCUACCCCUACCCCUACCCCUACCCCUACCCCUACCCCUACCCCCUACCCCUACCCCUACCCCUACCCCUACCCCUACCCCUACCCCUACCCCUACCCCUACCCCUACCUCUACCUCUACCCCUACCCCUACCCCUACCUCAACCCCAACCCCAACCCCUACCCCUACCCCUACCCCAACCCCUACCCCUACCCUUACCCCUACCCCUACCCCUACCCCUACCUCUACCUCUACCCCUACCCCCUACCCCUACCUCAACCCCAACCCCAACCCCAACCCCAACCCCAACCCCAACCCCAACCCCAACCCCAACCCCCUACCCCUACCCCAACCCCUACCCCUACCCUUACCCCAACAAUUACUCCUAACCCUACCCAACUCCAACCGACACCCUUUACCAUUCACCCUACCCUUGCCUCCAUUUCUCGUUCUACGUUGACUCCUACCUCUACCCACCCUCUGCCAAAAUAUAACCCUACUAGUUUAGGAAGAAAAACUAAAAAGCCAUUGGGAAGCCCUCGAACGGAAUGCCAGAGAAACCCUGAAGAACCUUCAAGAGUACGUAAAAGAGUGCUCAAAAGCCACGAUCAACAUAGAACAAGCCCUGAUCGACGGUACCAAACAGUACGACGAGAAACGGUACUUGAUUGUGGCUGAAGCCGAGAAGAAAACCGUGGAGUACAUGACAGCACGGUAUCAUAACAUCAGAAUCUCAGUGCUUCAGAAGCUCCGAAAGUUUUUGCAGGAAAAAGUAAGUUUGGCAGCUUGUGAGGGACAUGUUACACGAGGAAUAAAAUUUUGGGUUUGUAAAGAAAGUUUUUGCCAUUUUAUGAUUUGUAAAGAAAGUUCUUGCCAUUUCUUCUUUUGUCAAGAAAGUUCUUGCCGUUUUUUGUUUUGUAAAGAAAGUUCUUGCUGUUUUCGAUUUUUAAAGAAAGUUAUUGCCAUUUUUUGUUUUGUAAAGAAUGUUCUUGCCAUUUUUUUGGUUUGUAAAGAAAGUUCUUGCCAUUUUAUAUUCUGUAAAGAAAGUUCUUGCCAUUUCUUGUUUUGUAAAGAAAGUUCUUGCCAUUUCUUGUUUUGUAAAGAAAGUUCUUGCCAUUUCAGAGUGAAGAACACCUUCAACAACAAAUCCAAAAGCUGAUCAAUACCCACACCGAAAGAGGCAAAGCUCGAACCCACUUGGCCAAACUGAGGUCCAAAUUAAGUACGCUUCGAAUCCGCUAUUACAGUGAGCCAAUCGAUAAAGCAGGCGAAUUAGAUGAGCUGAGAGAUCAGGUUCAUAAAAAUGAUCAGGAAGUAAGUUGGCGGUUGAAAAAUGCAAAAUAAUUUUUUAAAAUAUUUAAAAAAUAUGUCAUAAAAAAUCUAAAAAAAACCAAAAAACAGCCAUAAAUUAUAAAAAUGCCAAAAUUUAUCAAAUGUAUGAUUUAAAAUGCUCAAAAACUUGCUCCCACCCACUGUUCCUCGAACUUUUUAUAAUCAAGCGCACCGUUGCUUAACUUGCCAGAUCGGACGUGACCGCGCUUUCGCACUGUGCAAAGAAGGCAAAUGGCGCUGCACGGUGCAGAAAUUAAUUUUUUGGCAAUAACUUUGUUUACAAUGAUAGAAAUUGGCAGUUUGCAAUUUUUUGGGAGUUUGCAAGAACUUUCUUUACAAAACAAAAAAUUGCAAAAACUUUCUUUACAAGCUGAAAAUGGCUAAAACUUUGUUUACAACGAAGGAAAUGGCGUUUAUAAAAUUUUUUGUGUGUUUUGAAAGAACUUUCUUUACAAUUCUUGUAAUUUUCAAUGAUUUUUUUGUUUUUGCACGGUGCAUAUGAUACUAAAUUCCUCUGCACAGUGCAACAAAUUUAAAAAACUUUUUCUAAAGUAAAGGACGCCAAGUCAAUCGACUCUACCUAAAGAUGUAGUAGGAAGCUCCUUCUGUUCCAGAUAGCCCUCCUAUCAGCCCAAUUAAAGUCGCUCGAGGCUAAUACGGUAGGAAUGGAGCCGAUAGAUUCUGUUCGAGUUGAAUGCUCUCCAGUUCAGACUACACCAAUAUACGAUGUUAGUCCGGUCGAACGUGCUCAAGGACAUAAAAGAAAUCGUGUUGUGAACUUGGCCCAAGUGGUACAGCGGCUUAAAGUGCCCCAAAUGAACUUUGAAAUUGAGAGUCAAACCCCGUAA